CGAUACACCUUACCAGUGGCUGCAUCAAAGCGAAGAAAAGGAGGAAAGUAUUUGCCGGUCAAGUCUUCAAAGGCGAACACGAGACACGAUGAAGAUCUGGACGUCAGAACAUAUUUUCAACCACCCAUGGGAGACUGUGACCAAAGCAGCUAUGCAGAAGUACCCCAACCCAAUGAACCCUAGUGUGUUUGGAGUAGAUGUGUUGGACCGAAGAGUGGACCAGCAAGGGCGGCUUCACAGCAAACGCUUACUCAGCACAGAAUGGGGCCUUCCAUCUAUAGUCAAUUCAAUCAUUGGUAAUGCACGUGCAUGUACAUAUGUUCAAGAGCAUUCGCUUGUGGACCCCAAAGAGAAGACUUUGGAACUUAAGUCUUCAAAUAUAACAUUUACCAACAUGGUGUCUGUAGAUGAAAGGCUUGUCUACAAACCACAUCCAGAUGACCCAUUAAAGACUGUGCUGACCCAGGAGGCCAUCAUCUCUGUAAAAGGAGUCAGUUUGAGCAGCUACCUAGAGGGACUUAUGGCAAACACUAUCUCAACUAAUGCAGGAAAGGGCCGUGAAGCAAUGGAGUGGGUUAUCAGGCGUCUGAAUGCAGAGAUCGAGGAGCUAACCAUUACAGCAAGAGGCACGAUGCGGACACCCAUGGCUGCAGCAGUUAUAGAAAAAUGAACCUUUCAUGUGUUUGCAUUCUGUAACCUUUUUCUUUUGCGGACCACUUCAGUACAUCUUUUCUUAUUCUAUUGUAUAUCCUAUGCUGUGUUUUGCGUUUAUGGAGUUCUCCCCAGCUCCCUUGUGCAAUUGACUCUAUAUUAGAGCCUAGAGGGACACAAAUAGAAAGCAAAUCUAUGCUUUUUUUUAAUACUGAAAACAGUAUGUUAAUGCUGGAGAACAAGCAAAAUGUGGUUUUGUGUUGCAUAUUUAACAGGUGAUUACACACCUUUUAUUCUUACUCUGAGGUUGAAGUUAAGUGUGAUCA